AUGACAGGAGUCCCGGACAAACCGCUGAACAGGGAGCCCUCGCCACCAGAACUCAUCUCGCAAUUUUUCACGCCGUCUUCAUCAGCAUACGACCGCAAUCAUUCGGCAGUCCCGGAGCUUGACGCAAGCACACAUGUUGUCAAAGUAGACGGCAACGUCAGUAAGACGCUAUCACUCAGUGUGAAGGACUUGAAGGAGAAUUUCACCCAGCAUGAAGUCGUCUGUGCUCUUCAAUGUGCUGGCAACCGCAGACACACCAUGCGGACCAAGAUCAAAGAAGUCAACGGACUGGAUUGGUUCGAUGGAGCUGUGAUGAACUGUAAAUGGCGAGGACCUCGUUUGCGAGAUGUGCUCGAGCGGGCUGGAGUCGAUGCAGACUCGAGCAAUUCCCACGUCGCCUUUGCUUCGUACCAAGUCGAAUGUCAAGAUGACACUUGGUAUGGAGGAAGUAUUUCCUUGAAACGAGCUCUGGACCCAGCAUCCGAAGUCCUCGUCGCUCUCGAGAUGAAUGGGGAACCGCUUUCGCACGAGCAUGGACAUCCUGUGCGAAUGAUUGUUCCGGGCGUUGCUGGAGCGAGGUCGGUCAAGUGGCUGGACAGGAUCACCGUGCAGUCGACUGAGAGUCAGAACCACUAUCAGCUUUACGACUACAAGGUCCUGCCACCAGAAGCCACGGACGCUGAAGAAGCGAAGAAGUUCUGGGAUAGGACACCUGCUGUGCAGGACAUGCCGGUCAAUUCUAUUGUUGGGUCGCCACCAAGCGAGUGUACUGUGACUCGAGAUGCGGAUGGUACCGUUGUCGUGACUGGGUACGCACUUCCCAGCGGCGAUGACGGGCCGGUGGUGAAAGUCGAAGUGUCGGCAGAUGGCGGCCACCACUGGACGAAAGCAGUGGUUAUUGAUCAUCCGGAGAGCUCCAAGUGGUCGUGGGCAUUAUGGAAAGCACGGGUGUCCGUCGAGGCUGGAAGCGACAAGACUAUUCUCAGCCGAGCUACAGAUGCUGGCGGCAACAUGCAGCCCGAGCAGUCGCAGUGGAAUCUUCGCGGCGUUUGCUACAAUGGCUAUGGAGCUGCUGAGAGACUGAAGGUGUUGUGA